GUGCUUGGCCGUUUUGACAACUACGGGUCUCAUUCGGAUUAUUUCGCUUGUUGUCGUAGGAAGACGAACGAUGCCAGCCAGAGACCUUGUUAAACUUUUGCAGCCGAAAUCGGCUUUAAUGCAACUUGUCCAGGCAAGAUGUGCUCAGACAGCUGCAGCCACCCAGCCCGCAAGAAUGAAGAAAUUCUCCAUCUACAGAUUUGACCCGGACAAGCCCGGGGAUAAGCCCAGACAGCAGACCUAUGAGGUGGACCUUAACCAGUGUGGUCCAAUGGUACUGGAUGCAUUGAUCAAGAUCAAGGACACAGUGGACCCGACCUUGACCUUCCGAAGGUCGUGUCGAGAGGGAAUCUGUGGUUCGUGUUCAAUGAACAUUGGUGGAGAAAACACACUUGCCUGUCUGUGCAAGAUCAAUGACAAUAGCUCCACUCUGAAGGUGUACCCUCUACCCCAUAUGUACGUGAUCAAGGAUCUGGUCCCGGACAUGGCAAACUUCUAUGCCCAGUACGAAAGUAUUGAGCCCUACCUGAAAAAGAAGGGAAUAACAGAGGAAGAUAUUGGAAAGGAAUCUUACCUGCAGAGUGUGCCGGACCGGGCAAAACUGGAUGGCCUGUACGAGUGUAUCCUGUGUGCUUGCUGCUCGACAUCGUGCCCCAGCUACUGGUGGAACUCUGACAAGUACCUCGGACCUGCUGUCCUCAUGCAGGCUUACAGGUGGAUGGUUGAUUCCCGUGACGAUUAUACUGAUGAGCGCCUGGCUAUGAUGGAGGACAGCUACUCCGUGUACCGUUGUCACACCAUCAUGAACUGCACUAAGACUUGCCCCAAGGGACUGAACCCCGGUCUGGCUAUUGGUGAGAUGAAGAAGCUGAUGGCCCUUUACGAUGCUAACAAGGCUAAGGCCAAGGUGAACGCCGAAGCGCACUAGCUCCUAGUGUACUGAUAAAGAAGAUAAUUGCCGCUAGCUGGCAUGCAGUGACUGAACAAACAUUAAAUUUAAGACAUCAUGGAUUGAUUGGAUUUCCUUUUAAUAAAAAGUCAUUUGAGUUCAAACUUUUUUACAAGAAACGUUAUUCCACAGCCUGUCUUGGUUUAGGGUUGAAAGAAUGUAUUUAUUGCUAAUUCUUAUUUUAUUUUUUUCCUGACUAGUGUAAAAAACAAGCUGAAAUUGCGAAGCCUAGAAUUAUUUGACAUAAAAUGAUUUGACUUUAUUGUUGUGUUUUACAAAAAAUCCUGUUAGUUUCUGUGCUUUUAUAAAGUAUCUUUUUAUGUAUUAUUGUAUUCACAUUUGUUAAAGAUAGGAACUAGCUCUAAUUUCCAUUAUUGGUGUUCUUGUCAAAUUUUAACUUUUGCUUAUAUUCAGAUAUGUUUAACAAUAAUUGGCUUUGCUUGACAAUUUGACAAUUCCUUGUGGGCGACCAUACAAGUUAUUAUGUUUUGAACACCUGAAUAAAUGUACUUUUAAGCUGUAAAUGAAAAAAAACAAACAUCUUGAACAGCUCCAAAUUUGUAAAAACAUAUAAUGUUAAAUACAUGUAAAUGUAAAUUACCUGUUAUUCUGAUCUACGAGACAUUAAAUGUUAUCAGACAUCGGCAUGUAACUGUUAAUUGUAAAGUAAAUAAAGUUUUAGUAAGAGUA